GCGAUCCGCGGGGAGUCCAGAGUCAGGCAGGCCACUUGUCCGCUCCGCACACCGUCGCAGAGUCGCCCGCUCCAGCGCGCCAACGCACCGCGUCCUGCUCUGCAGCUGCACACCUUCACCAUGUCGCCCGCCCGCCGCUCGCACCUCGCCGUCAUCCUGGAGGUGGCCGUGGCGACCCUCCUCCUCGUCGUCCUCUGCGCCCCGCCCUCCAGCGCGUCGUCCAAGCUGCCCGCCGACUUCAAGCGCUGCCGCGCCGACGACCCCGACAUCAGCGGCUGCCUGCGGCUCGCCGUGGAGGACGCGUUCCGCAAGAUGAAGAACGGCAUCGCCAGCCUCGGGGUGCUGCCCGUGGACCCGCUCAAGGUCGACCGCAUCAAGAUCAACCAGGGCCAGGGCAACGUCAACAUCAACAUGGACCUCAGGAACAUGACCAUCUUCGGCCUGGCCGCCACCAGGAUGACCAACUACAGUGCGGACAUCGCCAGCGGCAUCCUGCGCACCGAGUCCCUGACGCCGGCGCUGCGCAUGGAGUUCAACCACGUCGUGAGCGGGCGCAUCCUGCUGCUGCCCAUCCGGGGCGCCGGCCCGGGCAGCAUCGUCCUCAACGAGGUCGUCACACACCACUACCUCAAGUCCACCCCCAAGACCAAGAAGGACGGCAAGACGUACUGGACCUUGCAGCAGUACAAAGUCAAAUUCGUCCCCAAGACCAUCAGCAUGGACUUGAAGGGGCUCUUCGGAGACGAAGGCAGACUUGGUGGUCAGCUCAACACGUUCCUGAACCAGAACGCCCUCACCAUUUUCGAGGAGAUCGGCGGCGCGUUUGAGGACGCGUUCGGCGCCGUGUUCAAGGACAUCACCAACCGCGUGUUCAGCAAGGUGCCGCUCAACGAGAUCUUCAUCCAGCCCAAGUAGAGCCACAGCCUCCGCGUCAUCUCUCAUACGUCCAGAAUCAUCGUUAGCGCUCGUCGAGGAGGGCUCUCUGCCUUCACCUCGUCCUCAUUAUCGACAUCUCCAAAGAAACCUUCUCUCUUCGACCACGACGGCUAACGAGCGCGCGUCCAUAGUCGCUGCCCGCUGGUGUUAGUUUUAGGACAUUUUUUCUGUGAUAAGCCUGGACCCGUCGAUGGGGAAAUAAAUGUUAAAAGUGUGUCGACUGACAAA